AUGCUGCAGCAACAACACACUGUAGCCGUCAUCGGCUCCGGAAACUGGUACAUACUCCCAAUAUACAACCACAGCAACCCAAAAAGAAAGGGGCUCAACGAUCGCCAAGAUCCUCGUCAAAAACACAGCCUCACACCUCGACCUCCUCACCCCGAAGGUCCAAAUAACCUAACCAAGGCAAUCAACGCUGUGCAUGAGAGUGUAAAAUACCUACCGGAGAUCAAGCUCCCAGAGAACGUGGUGAAAGACGCAACGAUCCUGGUCAUCAAUCUCCCGCAUCAGUUUAUCGAGAAGACGCUAGGUCAGAUCAAGGGGAAGCACUUGCCGUAUGCGCGGGCAAUACCGUGCGUGAAGGGUGUGGAUGUGACGGGUGAGAUAGUCACGUUGCUUUCGGGGUUGAUUAUGGAGAAGCUGGGGAUUUACUGCGGGUCGUUUUCUGGGGAUACGCCGCCAAUUGAUGUCAAGGCUGAGGAUGGAAGUCCGGAGGACAAUAAGAUCAAGAUUGAUGAGCAGAGGCAGGUGAAGACGAGGCCGACGCAUACGACGUUGACGCGGGUGCCACAGGAGCUUGUGACGGUUGAUGCAGACCUGUGA